AUGGCAGACGAGGGUAUGCACAUGGUAGAGGUUGUUUCAAAUGACUUGAAAGCAAGGGAAAAGAACAAAAUGGAUUGCACAAUAUUUGAUCAUUUUACAAAACUCAGAAAUGAGACUGAAUCUGACAGGAUAAACGGUGGCAUCGAAUUAUUAAAAUAUUUACUUGGGCAAAGUUCAAACGACUGUAACAGUAAAGAGUUUAAAUAUGCAAUUAGAAGACUCAUUCGAGGUUUAGGGGCAUCGAAAACCUCUUCAAGAAUUGGAUUUUAUACAACUUUGACAGUUUUUUUAAUAAUGUACCCUGAAAUGUCAAUAGAAGAGCUCUUGUCCAUAGUGGAUAGUGAAUUACAUCCCGUUAGCAGCAACCCUAAAAGUGAAAAUGCUGAUAUUUAUAUGGGACGUAUAUUACUAUAUGGAGCAUUAAUACGAUCUAAAGUACUUUCCAAAAGUACUGAUGAAAUACAAAAGCAAGUUAUUCAAGGUCUCAUCAAGGAAGGCAAGCAACGUAGUUAUCUAUCGUUCCCUUCAAUAUCCUUUUUUCUUGAAUUUGUAAAUCAAUGUAAUUCUGAGGAUAUUAAAAAAUUGGUUUGGCCAACUAUUGAAACAGAAUUUGGUAAACCAUGGUCAGAACAAACUUUGGAUACAGUUUAUACCUUAUUAGUUAUAAAAGCCAAAUAUCCAUCAAUUGUAAAUCAGAAGUUUUGGAAGAAACAUUUUGGUAUAGAAGAUACUAUUACCAAAGAGUCUGUGUCUAAUGUAGCAAAAGUAUUACUGGAUUUACCUAAGAUUGUGUUGUGUCACCAUCCAGUAUUUAAAGUAUUUUGUGAAAAUCUAACAUCGUGUGAACUUAUAAGUGAAUUUUGGAUGUGUAUUGAUCAGAAAUUUACAAAACCAACAAAAAGUAACGAAUACUUGGCUGUAGAAAUUCUCAAAUUAUUAUUAUCAAAUAUUGCUGAUAAAUCUAUACUUCCAUUAUUACUAUCUUCAAACUAUAUGCAACACAUGUUGAGAAAGUUCUCUGAUAAUAAACGACAUGGUACAGAUGAAGUACUUGUAGCAUUUAAGGAAGUCUUAAAUUUGCUGGUAUCAGCUACAAGUAGUAAUGACACUAAAUUAAAAACCCAAAUUGCUGUAUUAAAAAAAUUAAUAUUGUACCCAGGUGAUUUGAUGGUAGAAAAAAAAACAGGCACAAAAGUAGUUCAAAUGAUAACGGGCAAUUUAAGUUUAGAAGGUAUUAAAAAAGUAUCAAAAAUAUACAGAGAUAUUAUUGAAAAUACAAUAGUUAAAGAAAAAGCAGAUGCAAAAUCAGAAACAUUUUGGACGAAUGCUGAAAGAAUGUAUGCUGCUCAUUUAUUGACAAGAUUAAUGGGAUAUUCAGUAACACUUACAGAUCAAGAAUGGAGAUUAGAGCAACUGAAGUUUUUAUUUACUCAUGGUUUAUGUGAAAUAUCAAAUGUUGGAGUAGAUCUGGCAUCUCAUCUUAAAGAAGCAUUUUACCAUGGAUUGGAUCAUAAAUUACCAAAGUUAAAUAAUCUACGAAAUAUAUUAAGUGACCUAGUUCAUCAUUUAGAUAAACAUCUGAAAAAUAAAACUUUAAAACUAAGAAAUCCAUUAUCAGAUGAAGCAAAAACUGCCUGGGAGAAAGUGAUGAACUUAAUUGAAAAGUUAGAGAAUAAUUCGAAAAAGGCAGAGGCUGUACCAGUAUUUCAUACAAUGAAUUUACAUAUGGGAUUACAAUUAUUUUCAGACCCACAAAUGGCAAUUAUGGCUAUCAAUGAACUUCAAAGUUGCUAUGAAAGAUUGGUUAAAAAGUCUAGAAAAAGUAAAGUGGGAAUCAAUGAAAAUGAAGACGAUGAACCAGAAUGGGUGGAAGUAGCGGUUGAUUUAUUACUGUCUUUCUAUUCUAAAAAUAAUCAUUUAUUACGGUCACUAGUGGGAUGUGUUUUUCCACAUAUUUGUCCAUAUGUAACACCUACAGCUAUACAUCAAAUUUUGGCAGUGUUGGAUGUAAGAAAUGAAAAGGGACCGCUUGUAAUGAAAGACGAAGUAGAUGAAGAAAACUCGUCGGAUUCGGAAUCGUAUGAUAAAAGCGAGGAUGGGAGUGAAGGCGACGAAGAACCUUCUAAUGACGAAAUGGAAUGUUCAACGGAUGAUACUGAGUCGGAUUCCAAUGAGGAAUCGUUGAGUGAAGAUGAAGAUGAAACAGUCACUGAUAGAUUACGAAUGGCGGUACGUCAAGCAUUAGGUGACGCUUCCAUUCAAACUGAUGAUGAGGAUAUCGAUGUGAACGAAAUCAACGAGGAAGAAGGAAAACGAUUAAACGAAUCAUUAUCAGCCGCAUUUAAAAUUCUUCGAGAGAAUCGUCAAUCGAGAUCGAAGAAACAAGAAAAAUCUGCACAGGUUUUAACGCAUUUCAGAAUUCGAGUAAUAGAUUUAAUCGAAACAUAUUUAGAAUGUGGGCCAUCAAUGGCGAUUGUACUUGAUAUGAUACUUCCACUCUUUGCAUUAUUAGAAUACUGUAUAAAAGAUCCCCAUCAAAAACCUCUCCAAGAUCGAAUUCGAUCAUGUCUGAAAAAAUUAGCGGCUGUAAAGAAAUUUAAGGAUACAAAAAAUGUUGACGAAGAUUUAUUAACAGUGAUAUUGAAGGUUUUAAUCGAAAAAGGAGAGCGAACAACGUCAGUUUAUCAAGAAAUGAGCGACAAGUUGGCAGAAUGUUGCACAUUCCUUGUAAGAUGUGCACAGCAGGCUGACGUAUCUACCGAAUCCAUAGUGCAAAUUUAUGGCGAAAAUUUAACAGCUUUUUUCAAAAGGAGGGACUGUGUAUUAUCACCUCUGUUAUUUAAAAGUAUUUUACAAUUACAGUGGGAGGGUAACUGGCAACUGGCUCUGUUACUGGUGGAUUUUGCAUUCGACAGUACCGUAAGAUCUUUUCGUCGAAAACACGCACUCGACUUUUUAACAGUUUUCUAUCAUAAUGGUCGCUUGCUCCAUUCAGAUACAACACAUUCUGACACUAGAAUGAAAAUGGAAAAGAAAUUAUGUAAAAAUGUCAUAAGCACAUUUCAGGAAUUGUCUAAUGUACAUAAUACCGAAAAUGAAAAACCUGUUCUGAAUAAUGGUAACGAAAUAGGAAAAGAAGUCAAACAGAGGUACAUUUGUCAUCUUUUAGUAUUACUGCGAAAUAUUUAUACACAGCAUUUGCCAAAAGCGUGGAAUUGGACAGAUAUUGGUAAGGCCCUUAUAACAUAUAGGACUCAUGUUUCACUUGCAAAAGAUACAAAAACAGCGUGCAAUAAGCUAGCAGCACAAAUUGGAAUUUCAUUCAAUGUACCUACAAAGAAAAUCACACACAAACCAAAUCCUGAAGCGAAUGGAGAAACGAAGAAUACCACAAACAUAAAAGAAAUUAAUCUUACACGAGAAAAUGGUGACACAUGCAGUCAUACAGAUUCUCCCACAUUAACGAAAAGCGAAUUGAAGAAAAAGAAGAAAAAUAAGAGUAAACAAAAAGAGAAGCAACAAUUGAAGAAAGAAGCGCGAAUUUUACGCGAGAAAACACUGUCUGAUGGUUUCGAAUCAUUUAAUUUUAGCGCUUUUACUUUACAUGAUGAACAGACUGAAGCUGUAUCACAGCAGAAUGGAGAUUCACAAAACGAUCAGACUAGUCCUACUUCUUCAAAGAAAAGAAUGCCUAAACAGACAUCAGAUGGUAAUAAAUCGAAAAGAAGAAAAAGUAUGCAAACUCCUUGAUAUGUGUAAUGAAUGCCAUAGAAUUAACACAAUCAUAAAUAAUUGUUAUUUUUGUAUAUGCAUUUAUAAGAAGGUGACCAGAUGUUUAGGUUGCAAUGCAGGACAUGUCCAAAAAAAAGGUCAUAUUUUUGAAAGCACCAUUUUCUAGUUUAUUACGUCUACUGUAGAAACAUUUGUUGCCAAUUGAUAGCGCUAUCUAAUAUGAAGUAGAAGAAACAGUAACUUUGUGCCACAGUAAAAAUGUUAAUAAAGUUACAUAUCCAAUCCGGGACAGUCCCGCCUAAUUCGAGACGUCUGGUCACCUUCAUUUAUAAAAAUAUGUAUUAAAAAGUUUGUACAGCUUUGAAAUAUAUAAAUAAACC